UGCAGCCAACAUAUGCCUAAGGAUCUAUUUCUAAGGAGCUACAUUCUAAAGGAUACAGUGUUACAGGAGCAUCAAUUCCCAAAUCUGAAUUAUUCUAUUCCUUGGAGCUUUUUAUUUUUAUUUUUUUUAUUAUUUUGCUGCUGUUAAUUAUUUUUUAUUCUGUACAUAUAUAUUUUUUUUUCCAUCAUGUAAAUAUUGAUGUAGGUUUUUAGAUUUUUUCCUUUCUUUGGGGUGAGGGCAGAAGACCUGCAUCUGUGGAUUUGUUUGGAGGGAUCGAGACAUGAGGUCCAUAAGGAAGAGAUGGACUAUCUGUACAAUAAGCAUUCUUCUCAUCUUCUACAAAACCAAAGAGAUCUCCAGAAGUGAGGAUCACCUGGACUCGCAACUCGCCGGAGAGGGGGAGCUCACACUGAGUAGGCUGAUGGUAAACCAGUCCGAUAAAAUCCUUCGAAAGGGAGGAACGGCGAUCUUUCACCAUGCUGGGAAAGGCUGGAGAAUCAAUUCUUCAUUGGCCCUGGAGAUAAGAAAAGAUAUCCUGCGAUUUUUGGAUGCAGAGAGAGAUGUGUCUGUGGUUAAAAGCAGUUUCAAACCUGGAGAUGUUAUUCAUUACGUGCUGGACAGACGUCGUACUCUGAACAUUUCUCAGAACUUGCAUAGCCUUCUGCCAGAAGUGUCACCGAUGAAGAGCCGUCGUUUUAGGACGUGUGCGGUUGUGGGCAACUCUGGAAUUCUCCUUAACAGUGGAUGCGGCAAGGAGAUUGACAGCCAUGACUUUGUAAUAAGGUGCAACCUUGCUCCUGUGGUGGAGUUUGCCUCUGAUGUAGGAACAAAGUCAGAUUUUAUUACCAUGAAUCCAUCUGUGGUUCAGAGAGCGUUCGGAGGUUUUCGUAAUGAGAGUGACAGAGAAAAAUUUGUCCAUCGGCUUUCAAUGCUCAACGACAGCGUGCUGUGGAUCCCCGCUUUUAUGGUCAAAGGAGGAGAAAAACAUGUGGAGUGGGUUAAUGCAUUAAUUCUCAAGAAUAAAUUGAAAGUAAGAACUGCCUAUCCAUCACUUAGACUCAUUCACGCUGUCAGAGGGUAUUGGAUAACAAACAAAGUCCAAAUUAAAAGACCAAGCACUGGCCUCCUAAUGUAUACACUGGCAACCAGGUUUUGUGACGAAAUUUAUCUGUACGGAUUUUGGCCGUUCCCGAAGGAUGUUAAUGGAAAUCACGUCAAAUAUCAUUACUACGAUGAGCUUAAGUAUAAAUAUUUUUCCAAUGCGGGACCUCAUCGGAUGCCUCUGGAAUUCAAGACUUUGAAUUUAUUACAUAACAAAGGAGCACUUAAACUGACAACUGGAAAAUGCUUAGAGCAAUAAAAAUACAUUGUAAUUCAAUGGUUGAAUAGAACGAACCAUCUUUCUUGGGAUGUGGUCAGAGCUUUGAAAAGGAGGGCUCUUUAUUAGGAAUAACAAUUUCUUGGGAUCCGGAACAUAAUACUUAAGGCUGGGUUAUGAUUGGUUGUUGGACUGCCAGUUGCAAGGUGCUAUAAACAAUGCUAAGAAGCCUGGGUUUUGACGUACAGUAAGUGCCACUUUUGUUAAUAAAGAGCCUGAAUGUUUAACUAGUGUUUACAAGACCUAAAAAUGCAAUCACAACUAACUCAAAGAAUGAACUUGAAUACGUUUCUGCAGCUUGAAGCAACAGAUGGGCAGAAAGCUGUGCAGCUUAAGUGACUGGAGUUCUAUAAAGUUUGAAGAACGUUCGGCUCCUAGUUUACAUUCAAUUUGAUAAUUCUGUAUUAAUUUAAUGGUUUCCACCUGAUGAU